AUGUAUUCCAUCCAUCAUAAACCCAAAAGACCUGUUCUGUUUUCUUACUCUUUAGCACUUAUAUUUAAAUCGGAAAUCUGGGGACCAACUCAUUUGUUUUCUUUAUACUUUAUAAAAUGAGUCUGGAUCCCUUGAAGAUUUUAAACAACACCUCAUAUAUGCCUCUUUCCCUCCCUCUGUUUCCAGCCCCUCUCUGUGUCUCUGGUGUUCAGAGAUAAGAUCUCUAUCAAAACAUUCUUUUUUCCUGUAUAAACAAACCAAAGCCUGCCAUGUGAGGAACAAAACUAGAAUGAUGGAAGGGCCAAAGCCUUAACUAUUCCUUUCUUUAGCUUUUCCUUUCCUACCUGGGAUACCUUUGCUUUGGAAUUGAGCUUCAAGUUUCUAGUGAGGGGCUGCUUCCUUGCAGCUUCUCGCAGCAGAGAACCAAGGAGAAAAGGGGACUAUGAAGCAGGUGGUGGAAGCACAUGAUCUUAUGCCCAAAGACGGUGAAGGAUCCUCCAGUCCAGUUGUAGAAGUUGACUGAGAGAACCAAAGAAUCAAAACCUGUACCAUCCAUAAAAAACUCAACCCUGUCUGGAACCAAAAACUCGUCUUUAACUUGGAUGACCCCAACAGCCCCCAUCAUCACAACAUUGAGGUCUGCGUCUACAACAAGAGGAAAUCAUUCCAUGGUCGCAACUUCCUUGGAAAGAUAAUUCGGCUGCCUCUGGUACUGUGGCCACUACUAGUAGCAGUAACCCUGCAACUCCUACUUCCAAAGUUGCUGUUGUUAAUACUUCUAAGGCUACUUCUGCAGUGACUGAAGAUUCUACUACCACAGUUGCUGAAAUCAACAGCUCUGCCCCAGCUGGAGUUACUGAAACCACUGGCACUGCAGCUACUGCUGCUAAAGAGCCAGAGGAGGUAAAGGAGUCCAUAGAGGUUAAAGUUGAGACAACUAUACAUACACAAGCAGCAAGCUUCCCAGCAGCCCGGAAUAUUGAUUGAGAGCCUGCCUGUAGGUGUACCGGUAACCAUGCAGCAGGUCAACCCACAAGCUAAUCCUAUCAACCAAGAAGAUUACAAAUUAAAGGACACCAGCCCUCGACUAGGAGAGCGAUGGCCAAGUGGAGGAGUACGUGGUGGUGGAGGUUGGAUGAGUGGAGAAAAAUUCACCAGCACAUAUGACCUUGUAGAACAGAUGUUCUAUCUGUAUGUUCGAGUGGUCAAAGCCAAGGAUCUACCCCCGAGCGCCAUCACUGGAAGCUGUGACCCAUAUGCAGAGGUGAAACUUGGUAACUACAAAGGGAAAACAAGGCACUUUGAGAAGAAGAGCAACCCCGAGUGGCACCAGGUAUUUGCAUUCUCUAAAGACCGAAUUCAGUCAUCAGUGCUGGAGGUGUUUGUCAAGGACAAAGAGAUGGUGGCAAGAGAUGACUAUCUUGGCAAGGUGGUCUUUGACAUGAAUGAGGUGCCAACUAGGGUGCCACCAGAUAGUCCCUUGGCGCCUCAGUGGUACAGAUUGGAGGAAAGGCAUGGAGAGGGCAAGGUCAAAGGUGAGAUAAUGCUAGCAGUUUGGAAGGGAACACAAGCUGAUGAAGCCUUCCCAGAGGCCUGGCAUGCAGAUGCUGCCUCUGUUCAUGGAGAAGGUAUUUACAACAUCCGAUCAAAGGUUUAUGUCUCACCUAAACUAUGGUACCUAAGGGUGAAUGUGAUAGAAGCUCAAGACGUACAACCAACCGAUAAAACCCGUCUCCCCGAGGUUUAUGUCAAGGCUCAGGUAGGCAACCAGGUUCUCAAAACCAAGAUAUGCCCUACACGUACCACCAAUCCCAUGUGGAAUGAAGAUCUAGUUUUUGUAGCAGCUGAACCCUUUGAAGAACAGUUGGUGCUUACAGUUGCUGAUCGUGUGCACCCCUCCAAAGAUGACUCGCUAGGGACGAUAAGUCUACCACUCAACAUAUUUGAGAAGCGCCUGGAUCACCGGCCUGUUUAUUCUCGUUGGUUCAACCUGAAGAAAUUUGGGUUUGGGAUAUUGGAAGGAGACAAGAGGAAUGAGCUCAAAUUUUCAAGUAGUAUUCACCUAAGAGUUUGCCUUGAGGGUGGUUACCAUGUGCUUGAUGAAUCAACUAUGUACAUAAGUGACCAACGCCCCACUGCAAGGCAGCUUUGGAAGCAACCGGUUGGCAUAUUGGAGGUAGGCAUCUUAAGCGCACAAAACCUCCCCCAAAUGAAGACACAUGAUGGAAGGGGCAGCACAGAUGCUUACUGUGUAGCAAAAUAUGGACAGAAGUGGGUAAGAACCAGAACAAUAAUUGACAGCUUUAGUCCCAAAUGGAAUGAGCAAUAUACAUGGGAAGUGUAUGAUCCCUGCACAGUAAUCACACUCGGGAUUUUCGACAACUGCCACCUUGGUGGCAAUGAGAAACCAUCUGGUGGAGGCUCUGCAAAAGAUCCAAGGAUUGGGAAGGUAAGAAUUCGACUAUCAACUCUUGAAGCAGAUCGGAUUUACACUCACUCUUACCCCCUCCUAGCUCUACAAACAUCUGGGGUAAAGAAGAUGGGGGAGCUCCAGUUAGCAGUUCGUUUCACUUGCCUAUCACUAGCUAACAUGAUAUACCUGUAUGGUCAUCCUCUAUUGCCAAAAAUGCAUUACCUGCAUCCUUUCACAGUGAACCAGGUAGACAGUCUUAGACACCAGGCAAUGAACAUUGUAGCGGUGAGGCUUGGACGGGCUGAGCCACCACUCAGGAAAGAGGUUGUUGAGUACAUGUUGGAUGUGGAUUCUCAUAUGUGGAGUAUGAGAAGAAGCAAAGCAAACUUCUUUAGAAUCAUGUCACUGCUGUCAGGUUUUAUCUCUGUCAGUAGAUGGUUAGAUGAUGUUUGCCACUGGAAGAACCCAAUAACAACAGUACUGGUUCAUGUUCUGUUCUUGAUACUAAUCUGUUACCCAGAACUGAUACUUCCAACAAUCUUCCUCUAUAUGUUCCUCAUUGGGAUAUGGAACUACAGGUUCCGCCCAAGGCACCCACCACACAUGGAUACUAGACUUUCAUGGGCAGAAGCGGUUCACCCAGAUGAGCUAGAUGAGGAAUUUGACACCUUCCCAACAUCUAAGCCCCAAGACACAAUCCGGCUGAGGUAUGAUCGGCUAAGGAGUGUAGCCGGAAGGAUACAGACAGUAGUUGGAGACAUGGCAACACAGGGGGAAAGAUUUCAGUCCCUGCUCAGCUGGAGAGACCCUAGGGCAACCAGCCUCUUCAUAGUCUUUUGUCUGUUGGCUGCUGUGGCGCUUUACAUUACACCAUUCAGAGUAGUGGCUCUUGUCACAGGCCUAGUCAUGCUCCGCCACCCUAGAUUCCGGAGCAAAUUGCCCUCUGUACCUAGUAAUUUCUUCAAGAGAUUGCCGGCUCGGGUAGACAGCAUGCUCUGAGGAGGAAAAAAACAAGUCCAUAUCAAAUUACUGAUCCCAUUUCCAUUAUUUAUGUUUGAUGGCUCUGUUGGAAUCCUUUCUAGUUUCACUGUCACAAACUGUUCUUUUUCAUUUAGUCAAUGGUUUUACAUUUC